ACGUCAAAAACGGCUUCGGUACUCGUGCAACGAAUUUAAUUGCUUUCUCAUCUAAAUGUCGGAAACUACGGGUAAGAGAUAAAAAAAAAUGGAUAGAAUAUUGCGAGGUAUUAUGAGAUAUCGUGUUUUGGAUCGAGCUAGUAUGGUUAAACAAUUCGAACAAGUUAAAGACAACCCAGUGCCAAAAGCAAUAUUUUAUACAUGUAUGGACAGCAGAAUGAUACCUACGAGAUUCACAGAGACGUCCGUUGGUGACAUGUUUGUUGUCAGAAAUGCUGGAAACCUUAUUCCACAUUCUGAAGCCUUUAUUGACGAGAUGACAAGUUGUGAACCAGCCGGUCUUGAACUCAGCUGCAUUAUAAAUAAUGUAAGGCAUAUUAUUGUCUGUGGACAUAGUGACUGCAAAGCUAUGAAUCUCUUGUAUCAUUUAAGGAGCAAAGAAGAAUCUAAUGUCGAACAACGAAGGAUUUCGCCAUUGAAAUCUUGGUUGUGUACGCACGCACAGUCGAGUUUGAAAAAAUUCUUAGAAAUGAAGGGAGAUUUUAAUAAACCCAUGCUAUUCUCUGCCGAAACUCCUCAGAGAAAAUUUGUAGCCUAUAUUGAUCCAGAAAAUAAAUUUUGUAUUGAAGAUAAACUUUCACAAGUAAACACUCUGCAACAGGUACAAAAUGUGGCGUCAUACGGUAUGUUAAAAAAACGAUUAGAGAAACACGAUCUGCAUAUCCACGCUCUGUGGUUUGAUAUAUACACCGGUGAUAUUUAUUACUUCAGUCGUCGGGCGAAAAGUUUUGUUAUAAUAGAUGAAUCCACAUACGAAUCUAUUUUAGCUGAAGUUCGAAGAUAUUAUUCAUAGAUUCCGUAGAUGCAAAUGAUUCCUACUUAAAAAUAAAGGUGUACUUACUCAAAUUAGAGCUAUGUACCCGUCGCAGCUAACCAGCUUAAUUAUCCGUUUAAUUAACAGCCUAGCCUUUUAACUAAAAGACGCCAUUUAACUAGCGGCCUGAAAGGUCGGUAGAGUUUGUUACAAAAUAUAAUAAACUGGCUUAGGGCUUUACUAAGGUCAUUCGUGCGAUAGAGUAAUUAUUUGGCAGAUGGAAUAAAAAAGAUGAAACCUAUGACAUAAAAAUAUUUCUUUAAAAAUUUAAUUGCUUGAGUCAGACAGCUAAAUGCACAUUUAUUUAUUUAUUCAAGUUUACCACAUCAUACAUAGUUCUAAACUACGUUCUACGUAUUUUUAUUAUUCUACGUCAUUGUAUAUAUUCUACGUCAUAUGUUACAAACUAUUUUAUCUAAAAUAAAUGACAACCAAGGUAAACAUAAAUGUUACAAAAAUACUAUUAAAAUAAAUAUAACUUAAAAUUAAAAUACAAAAAAAAUUUGGUAAGCACAAAAAAAUAUUAGGAAACCAGCGGAUUGGGUUAUUAUUAUUGUUGUUAAUGGAAGAGUGUAGACACAUAAUCAUUGUCUCUACACUCUUCCAUUAACAAUUGUAUUUAUUGUUUUUCAUUAAAGUUUGGAAAACAUCAUCAAAGUUAUGGAUGGCCGACGCCAUAUUGUUUGAAGAAUUUCGUGUCGAGUUUCAGACUGGCAGAAAUGAAAGGUAGGCCAGUAAUGAAACGGAGCUGCUUAGUUAAGAGGCUGUUGAUUGAGUGGCUGAUUAAGCUAGUUGGCUGCGACAUAUAGCAACACAACUUGAAUAUAACACAAAUAUAAUAUGUUAAUUUUUAUACUUAUAUUAAUCUAUAAUUAUUGUAAAUAAAUUCCUUUAAAUUUCACUAAAUCUUUAGAACGUUUUUUGGAUACCCGUGGUUUUAGCCCUUUUUUGUGGGCAGUAUCCGCAUUUUAAUUAUACAAAUACAUUUAUAAGCUUAUUUCGGUUUUCUAAAGUACUUCAUAAUUUUUUUAGAGUUUAUAAUUAAGUAAAGAGGGAACAAUUGUUUUAAUAAUACUUAUAAGAAUCCAAGAAAGUGAAGUCAGCCUUGUGUAUAAGUAAAUAAUUUGUUAAGUACAAGUGAAACACAAGCAUUGUAUAAAAAUAAAUACUUUUUCAUUAAAAAAUAUUAUAUAGGGACCAGA